GGGGAGGGAGCUGGCCAGUGCUGAGGGGGCGCGGCGCGGAGGGGCGCGGAGCCGGGCGGCUCGGGGCCCAGAGAGCGCCGCGGCCGGGAUUCCGCCGGCCCCUGACAGCCCCCUCCCCCCGGCGGACGACGACGACGAGGACGAGGGCGCCGGUCAUGGCGGAGCAGCGAACCGAGCGCGGGCCCUGAGCACCACCGCAUGGAGCGGGACGAACGGCCGCCUAGCGGAGGGGGAGGCGGCGGGGGCUCGGCAGGGUUCCUAGAGCCGCCCGCCGCGCUCCCUCCGCCGCCGCGCAACGGUUUUUGUCAGGAUGAAUUGCCAGAGCUUGACCCAGGCACUAUUUCUGUUCCAGAUGAUCGGGCUGAACAACGAACCUGUCUCAUUUGUGGGGACCGUGCCACAGGCUUGCACUAUGGAAUCAUCUCCUGUGAAGGCUGCAAGGGAUUUUUCAAGCGGAGCAUUUGCAACAAGCGGGUAUAUCGGUGCAGUCGUGACAAGAACUGUGUCAUGUCUCGGAAGCAGAGGAACAGGUGCCAGUACUGCCGCCUGCUCAAGUGCCUCCAGAUGGGGAUGAAUCGGAAGGCAAUCAGAGAAGAUGGCAUGCCUGGAGGCCGAAAUAAGAGCAUUGGGCCCGUCCAGAUAUCAGAGGAAGAGAUCGAAAGGAUCAUGUCUGGGCAGGAAUUUGAGGAAGAAGCCAAUCACUGGAGCAACCAUGGCGACAGCGACCACAGUUCCCCUGGGAACAGGGCUUCAGAGAGCAACCAGCCCUCACCAGGCUCCACACUGUCCUCCAGUAGGUCUGUGGAACUAAAUGGAUUCAUGGCAUUCAGGGAGCAGUACAUGGGGAUGUCUGUGCCUCCACACUAUCAAUACAUACCGCACCUUUUUAGCUAUUCUGCCCACUCGCCACUCCUGCCCCCACAAGCUCGCAGCCUGGAUCCCCAGUCAUACAGUCUGAUUCACCAGCUGGUGUCAGCCGAGGACCUGGAGCCACUGGGCACGCCCAUGUUGAUUGAAGAUGGGUACGCUGUGACUCAGGCAGAGCUGUUUGCCCUGCUUUGCCGCCUGGCCGAUGAGCUACUCUUUAGGCAGAUUGCCUGGAUCAAGAAACUGCCUUUCUUCUGCGAGCUCUCAAUCAAGGAUUACACGUGCCUCCUGAGCUCUACCUGGCAGGAAUUAAUCCUGCUGUCCUCCCUCACCGUUUAUAGCAAACAGAUCUUUGGGGAGCUGGCUGAUGUCACUGCCAAGUACUCACCCUCUGAUGAAGAACUACACAGAUUUAGUGAUGAAGGGAUGGAGGUGAUCGAGCGGCUCAUCUACCUGUAUCACAAGUUCCAUCAGCUAAAGGUCAGCAAUGAGGAGUAUGCUUGCAUGAAAGCAAUUAACUUCUUAAAUCAAGAUAUCAGGGGUCUGACCAGUGCCUCACAGCUGGAACAGUUGAACAAGCGGUACUGGUACAUAUGCCAGGAUUUCACUGAAUAUAAAUAUACCCAUCAGCCAAACCGCUUUCCUGACCUCAUGAUGUGCUUACCUGAGAUUCGCUAUAUCGCAGGAAAGAUGGUGAAUGUACCCCUGGAGCAGCUGCCCCUCCUCUUUAAGGUGGUGCUGCAUUCCUGCAAGACAAGCGUGGGCAAGGAAUGACCUGUUCCCGGCACCCCUCCUCGGGCCAGCCAUGGCGCCUUGGGUGGGCAGAACAGGCUCCGGAAGAAAGAGCCAGAGAGACCAAGAUGGAGGCUAUGGAGCAGUGUUUCCAGUUGCCUCCAUAGCAAGAAGAGUUUUUGUUUGUUUGUCUGUUUUUUUAACCUCAUUUUUCUAUAUAUUUAUUUCACGACAGAGUUGAAUGUAUGGCCUUCAACAUGAUGCACAUGCUUUUGUGUGAAUGCAGCCGAUGCAUUUCCUUGCAGUUUACAGAAUGUGAAGAUGUUUAAUGUUAUAGUGUUGUCGUUGUUUAGAGAUAGUUCUUUUGUAUUUUGAGGGAGAGGGUGGGAUGGGGCUGAGAUGAAUAUUUCCAUAAUGUUGACAAAGACGACUACCUCAGUGGAAAGGGAGGGGUGUAGCCAUCCCUACUUUUUCCACAUGUUCUCAGCAGACUCCUACAUUAGUCUGUCAGAGAGCAGACUGCCUUUUUCUAGUCACAGAAUUACCGGGUAAAAGUAAAAGAGCACACCAUAAAGGGGCAAAGUGGUGUUGGGAGAUUUAUUAAGCAAAGUGGGUGAAAUAUUGGAAACAGGAUAUGAGGAUUUAGCAUUCUCUUUUCUUUGGAAAGCAUGGUAGUUGAGGGAGUAGAGUGCAGUGACCGAAUCUUAAGAUGUCCUCCCUCCGAACAACUCUUCAGGGAGAAGGGUUUCUGUUCUCAUACCAUGCUGUGGGCUGCCCCCACCCCCACCGUCCGAACCACCACUACUGGUUUCUGCUACUGUCAACUUUUUAUCCACACGUGGUCCUGGCAGUAAGUUAAUUCUUGGGACUUGUCUGCUAGCUCCCUUGGAGCUCACAGCUACCUAGUGUCUUUACCUGAGUCUACCAAGGUCUACCUUCCUCAGACUCCUUGCCACUCUGUCUUACACAUUUGACUUCCUCUUGGCCCUUUGAAAAAACAACAAAAUGUCAUGCUCUGAAUCCUGGUGCCCACUACUGAUUUAUUCUCCUUUCACCUUGCUUUUUUUCAAAGGGUAGUGGGACAAAGGCCAGACUGCUAAAAGAAUAAACAGUCUUCCUUUCCCUGUUCCCCUCACCCCAUCCUGUCUCAUCCUCAGGACUGAAUCCAGAGCCUGCCGUCUUUCAUACAGUGGGAAGGACCAUUCACCCAUCAGCUAAACAGAAGCUUUGCCCCUUCAUUCUCCUCCCAAGUUCUCCUAAUCUCUCCAAAAUGAGACCAGUUUCCUUAGAACAGAAAGCCCAAGUACCAGAGUUGGCCCACCUGCCCAUUAGAUUAUUGGUGGCCUGGCUGACCAAGGCCUGGAGGGCUGGAGUCCAAAGCACCUGGAAGGAUGGGGGGGCUUGAAACUACCUCAUGUUCCUAAGGGCCUGGCUGUCCCCCUCUGCAGAUACGGCCUGGACCUCCUAUUCCUUCACUACCUACCCUGCCUAGUCCUGGGAAAUGUUCUUUACCCUCUUGGCUUUGGCCAGUGGCCACACCAUGUCUGUCUUAGAACUCUUUCAGGUGCUUUUCCGUUCUCUGCCUUAGUAUUCUAAUUGUCCCUGCCCGUACCCAGGUAUCUCCCACAGCCAGUGCAGUACACAGACCACUUUAGCUGGGUACCCCCCUGGGUGGGCUGGAGGGGCCUACAGCAUUUUGUUUUGCCUGUUUCAGUCAAAGGCCGUUUGCUCUCUUCCCAACCCAGCCAGCAACUUCACCGAGUGGGCCACCACAUCGUGUGCACACCAGGUAGUCUGUGUCGGAUUAUAAUUUUUUUUUUCCAGUGAAACGUUACGGGUACCAGCAGAGCGAUGACUUUGUCCCUUGAUGGAUCUAGAACUCAGAGCAUUACUCCUUACUGCCAUUCCCCCAGCUGCUCUGAGAAAGAAAAAAGAGACAUGUUCCUCAGGAAAACCUCCAACCAGAAUGUUCUUCACAUGUUGAUGGGGAGAUUUAUGUUUGUAUAUCUGUUUAUUUCUAAGUUCACAAUAUUUUUGUUUCCCUGAUUUUUUUAUUUAACCAAGUAGAUCACAUUCUUUGACUACAGGUCAGACUCCGAGCUGCUUUCCUCAAGAUAGGGGAGGAGACACAUAUCAGAGUCCCUUCUCCAACACUGCUCCUGUGUGCCAUAUCUUUCUUUGCUUAGACCUCCAUCUGUCAAAUUAUUAUUUUUUGAAAUUGCUUUUCUCUUAAAUUAAGCAUUUUACUGGUUGUGUUGGGUAUCAAAGGAAAUUGCUCUCUGACAAGACAAGAACAUGUCUCCAGUAAUGCAGCAUUAAAUAGAGCAAGUUGUUAAUUUGUAGAGUGGGGGAAAGGUUCUGCAAGUUGCCAUUGUACAGAUCCAUUUUUACAAAUGUUUGCAGCAGAUUCCACAGAACAAAGAGCCCAUUCAUUGCCAAGAGCCCUGCAGAAUCUCUGAGCCAAGUGGCCGUGUGUUCCAAGCCGGAGCCUGACCUGUGGACAGCCUUUAAUGUCUUCUGCACCCAGUCCUUUUAUGACGUGGGCUUUUUUUAAACAGGGUAAAGUGAAUGUGUUGCAUUGCAAACUCAGGUAUUAUGAGGAGAAGGUAGGAGUGUAGCUAGCAGCGUGGAGACAUUAGGUCAGCCACUAGAUGUAUUUGUGAAUUUGGUUUGAAGGACACAGAGAAAGGUUGGAGGGGGAGGUUUGGUGUGUUUGUUUUUUGCCUUUCUUCCCAUAACAUUUGGUUAACAGGUAGCCUUUUUGCUAGUGGAAGAAGAAAAAAGUUGUGCAUGUUGUCUCUAAUUCCCCUCUCUUCUGUCCUUUCUCAAUCCCCUGCUACCAACAGCACUCACUUUGAGUGAGAGUUUUUCAACCAUAAAAAUGUAACCCUGAAAGCUGUGUGGUAAAGGAGAGUCCUACCUCCUUGCACUGCAUUGAAACACACAGGCUUUUCCUUUCCUUUCCCUUUAAAUGUUUUCUUGACCCAAGACAAAAGUUUGGAAUCUUGGAACCUCACCUACAACUUACGCUCUCUGGCUCCUUUGUAGAAUUUUGGAGUCGUUCACAAGGUUUGGUGGUCUUGCCCUUAGUCUGGAGAAACUCCCCAGAACCUGUCUCUAAGCACUCCACCUGGCUCAGAGGACACCCAGCCCCAUGCUUAACCUGUAACUGAGGUGGGCAAACCUCCCGGGAUAGAAGGCAGCAUGCAGAGACCUCCUUGUCUUGUUCCCCAGAACCAGAGGGUGGAUAGAGGGAAUCUAAGGGUCUCCACAGCAUUGCUGACAGUCACCCGCUCCACACUGACCUGCCUCUCAUGUGCCACCCCUUUUCAGGGAUGUGAGUACCUGCCGUGGCCAAUAUGUCACCAGGUCCUUAAAAACCUGGGCUCUGUGAGCUGCCUUGCUCUGCUUCUGCUUCCCAUUUCCUACCUUCGUUUGUUCUUGAUUUCCUGGAGAAUGGGGCAGAUGGAGACGGAUGGACAAAUCCAGCAUGGGCAGCAUCGAAGCCAUGCUCAAGGUUGGCCAGAGUAAGGGGACCCUGGCCUCCCAGCAGGGCAGGAGGUUGGGCAGUGGUUCCAAGUCUUUAGCUCCGGGCCCCUGGUCUAUGUCUUUUUCCUUGUUGCUUUUUAAAAUUUUGCAAUUAUUUUAAGAAAUCUAGUCUUUCAGAUCAGCUCUUUUAUUAAACUUUGAGUUUUUCUUUAUUGAUUUUUUUAAACAAACAAAAAAAAACCAAAA